AUUAUUACUAUGACUACUACUCCAUUUUCAUCAAUACCCUUAGUAAAUUUUCCUUUCUCAAUGACAAACAUUAUUCCAAUCUCUCAUCAUACACCCAUCUCUUCUUCUUUUUCGUUGUCUUUGAUUGAUGUUUACAAGAAUGGACUUAUUGGGAUAAAUACGACGAAUACAAAGACUGAGCUAGGGAUGGAGAUGGAUAUGGAUUUUCAACAUGAUAAUGGAAAAAGAUUAGCUCCUAAUGAAUAUGUUGGAUCGUCGAGUGGCGGAAUUAAAGAGAACAAGAAGGAUAACAAGGAGAAAAUGAAAUUGAGAAGGCAUAGGUAUGCUUUUCAUACAAGGAGCCAGGUUGAUAUACUUGAUGAUGGUUAUCGUUGGAGAAAAUAUGGGCAAAAGGCUGUCAAGAACAACAAAUUUCCUAGAAGCUAUUAUCGAUGUACUCAUGGAGGGUGUAACGUAAAGAAGCAAGUGCAGAGACUAACAAAAGAUGAAGAAGUGGUGGUAACAACAUAUGAAGGAGUACAUACACAUCCAGUUGAGAGGUCUACUGAUAAUUUCGAACAUAUUUUGAAGCAAAUGCAGAUUUACGUCCCUCCUUAGAUAUACUUUUUCCAUAAUUAAUUAUAAUCAAAAUUCCAACAAGAUCGACCAAAAAUAUUUUAAAUGGAACAUCUUUAUAAUUACU